AUGGACGAAUAUUAUGACGAGCAAUAUAAUAUAGGAUUAGAUGAAGAUUAUGAUAAUAAUGAUCUCUAAAAAAAUGAAAUAUUAUUGAGUUAAAAUGAACUAUAUUAAGAAUUCUUGAAUCGGUUAGAUAAAAUCAAAGAUAAGAUUGGAGAAUCACCUUAAGUAAUUUUAAAUGUAUUUAAUUAUUGAUAUAAAGAUAUUAAUCUUUUUUAAUUUUGAAGAAUAAAGCAUUUAUGAGAAAUUAUUAUUAGAUGGCGAGUCUGAUAAAAUUAAGAGUUAAUUGUAAGAAUAAGGCAUUUAUAAUGAAUCUGAAGUGAAAUUCCAUGAAAACAUAUUUUGUUCAAUAUGUGAAUAAAAUGGCAUAUAAGGGUUUAGUUUAAAUUGUGAUCAUAAAUUUUGUCAGAGUUGUUGGAAUUAAAUGAUAGAAAUAUAAUUUUCAAGUUAAAUUCCAUUAGUAAGAUGUUUAUAAGAUUAAUGUUUUGAAAGAUUACCUAAUUCCUUUUUAGAAUAAUAUCCUAAUUACAAAUAAAUUUUAAUAAAGAGAUUUAUGCAACAUGAUAGUUCAAUUACAUGGUGUCCAGGUAAUUUUUAUUAUUAGUAUACUAGGAUUAAAUUGUGAGAAUGUUUUUAAGUAUUUGAAUUUUUCUCAUUCAAUUAAAUGUCCUUGUGGCAUUAAAUUUUGUUCUAAAUGUAGAGAAGAAAAACAUUAUCCAAUCCCAUGUGAUAUAUUAAAAAAGGUUUUAGAAUAUCAAUAGUCAAAUGAAUAUUGGGCAGCUUUAAAUGCUUCAAAGUGUCCAUAAUGCGGAAGAUUAAUAUAGCGUACAGAAGGAUGUUUUCAUUUGAAAUGUUUAUGUGGUUAACAUUUCUGUUUUAAAUGCUCAGGACCAUGGGCUAAAGAUCAUGAAAAAAGCUUUUAUACAUGUCCCUUUACAAAUACUAAUAAAAAUCCAUCAAAACAUGCUGUAUAAUUAAAAAAUGAACUUUAAAAUGUUAAUACAAAUAUUCAAAAUAUUUUAUCAUCUAUUAAAAAUUUAAAAUUGAAAAUUAAAAAAGUUUAAUUAGAUUCUAUUAUAGAGUAUUCAGAAAAAAUUAUUAAUCUUUUAAAAACAUCUAAAUCGUAAAAAUUUUCUUAUUAUAUUAGAUUUUUAUAUUAUAAAUUCUAUUUAUUGGAAAAUAAUGAUGUUUCUAUUUAUGAAUAAACCUUUCAAUAAUUUCAAGAACUAAUGGAUUUUUUUAUCCAGAUUUUAGAAAACAAAAUUUAGGAAAUUGAGGAUAAUGAAUCUUUAAAAGGCCAAUUUAUUCUAGAAUUCAUUCAUUUUGAUGAUUCAGAAAAAAAAAUCUUAUAAAAUUUAAAAAUCCAAAAGAAAAUAAUCAAAAAGUACAUAGUUGAAACUUUAAUAAUGUGA